CUGACACGGAAGUCAUCUGUCUAAACUGAAGUGGCCGGAGACGGCAGGUCAGUGCACCUCAGAUGGCCCCACGGCAGGCGUUACAGGCAAACUUUCUGUCAACAUAAUAAAACAGAUUACGGUUUACAGCCUGCUCCGGAAGUAUUUUCGCAGUUUAUGUAGUCUCUGUGACAAAAGACUGACUCGUCUGUUUCCAUGGUGCUGGUUAUGGAGAGCGACAGGACAAACAGACACUGAGAAGCACUGCUCCCUCCAGCUCCAUUAAACAAAUCAAAGUGUCAUGCCAGUCCCAGCUAUGGCCGAGCCUGUGGUUGAUCACCAGAAACGCUUUCAGGCUGCUGUGGAUGUCAUCCAUAACCUACCAAAGAAUGGCUCCUACCGGCCCUCCUAUGAGGUGAUGCUGCGUUUCUACAGUCUGUACAAGCAGGCAGUGUGUGGACCCUGCACAGUGGCUCGGCCUGGCUUCUGGGACCCUGUGGGCCGCUACAAAUGGGAUGCGUGGAGCCGCCUGGGAGAGAUGAGCAGUGAGAGUGCCAUGGCAGCAUAUGUGGACGAGAUGAAGAAAGUAGCACAGGAGGUAAUCGACACCAUGCCCAUGAAUGAGAAGACGGCCUCACUCUUUCACCAUUUUGAGCCUCUCUACCUGGUUAUUGAUGACAUGCCGCGGCCUCCACAGACACUGCUCACUCUCAGAGAAGGUCUUGAAGGCAGCGAGAAAGCUGAGACAGAAGUUGUAAACGAAAUGCAGGAGGGGCAUGAAGAAGUCCCAGAGGGCCCAGAUCCAGAUCAGGAGGUCACCCUGUCAGAAGUUGUUGACUUCACUGCCAACACCAUCUCCAAUGAGGCUGGAGUAUCUGAAGGUUUGGCGUUGACCAGCGACUCAGAGAGUGAAAUCUUCUGUGACUCUGUGGAUUCAGUAGAGCAACUAACCAAUAUUAAGAUCCCAGUGAAGACCAAUGGCUUUCACAACGGUCACAUGAACCUGGAGUCGUCACCGGUUCAGAGCCAUCAGCGUCUGGAAGGCAGACAGGUCGGAGCAGGCCGAGGCGGAGAAGGAGCAGAGGAUGGGAAGGGUCAGGGUCCCAUCAGGAGGGGUCGGGACCCUGGACGAGACGAUUCCCACCACAGCUGGAGAGAACGUGGCGUUCCACAGGGAAGUCCACGACGGGGAUUCCCAGGUGGUGGUGGUGGUGGUGGGGCCGGACGGGGGGGAGGGGAUGGGUCAGAGGGUGGUGCAGACCGGCUGCAUGAUGCCCACCUGCAGCAGCAGAUCAUCCUGGCUCUACGGAGGCUCAGACAGGAUAUGAGGAGUGUGAUGGACAGGCUGGAGGUGGUGGAGAGGCUUGCUGCCACACAUGCUCAGGGUUCAGAGUGGAGACCGUGCCUACAGUGUGCAGCCACAGCUUCACAACAGGAGGAGGAGAAAUGGUGGCCGUUUGACGUGUCGGGUCACACUGUCCUCCUAUUCCUGCUGUGGCCAUUUGUGGCUCAGGGUCUGGUCUACCUGCUGAGAAAAGCCCACCAGAGGAGUCGCACGUCUUCGUGAAGAGAGCCGUCAACCAACAAGCGAUCCACUGAUGAAGUCUAGUGGCCACCCACAGGACCGUAUCGUGAACAGUUCAUCCUCCCUGUGUGUGUUCACUGGAAGGAGGGAGUGACGUGAUGUUCACCUCAGGAUCCACAAAUCCUCUCACUCACCAUAGCAGACCAAUCUUUAUUUAAAUGAUCCAAGCAGAGUAAUCUGAUUACGUGUGCUGCACUGCAGGAAUUGGAUAAAAGGUGAUUUGUCUCUAAUAAAGCUGGAUAAGUGCCCAAACUGAUCACAUGGAGCCUGAAUGAAAGACCUGGAUUAUAUUAAUAUAUCAUCUAAGUGACACAUAGUGCACAUGCAUUUUUUUUAUUUUUUUUUCUGCUGCUGUAAAUUUGCAGAAUAUUGUGAAUUUGUCAGUAAGAGCACAGUGCAGCAGGAAAAUCUGCACGGCUAGUAAGCCAUGUACCUCAUACUAUAUGUCACUUUAAAAUCCACCAUCUGUGAAUGUGACCCGGUCUGAGUGGACAGUUACGGUUGGAUUGCUUUGAUGGAUACAUGGCGGCCCUCUGUUUCUUUUUACCAUUUAUGUUCUGUUUCUUGACCUCUUGGUCCACCUCUGCUUCUAAUCAAGUCUUACAUUGGAUUCGUCUUUUUUCAGUGCUUGUUCCUCCAUCUCUCUACUCAUGUCUCUGAUUGUGUACAUCUAAUGCCAGUGUUGUUUGUUACACGGGGAGCUGCCACCUCCAGCUGUAACUGAUGAAGUGCACUGGAAUUUACAGUAUAAUACCAACUGUAGUCACUGAAUGAUGGGAGAAAGGUUUCCACACUGCCCUCUAAAGAACCAUGGUGUUUAACACUGAAGCAUGAGUUGAAAUUAAAGUCUAUUGAAUAGA